UCUCUGUGCGCGCGAACUUGCUGUGUCCCUCUGAAGCGGCGACCAAAGAAGACUAAGGGGGCGCAGGGGAAGAAGAAGCGGGAGGAGGGGAAGGAGAAGGGCGAAGCCAGGACGAUGGCGCAAACAAUCCACGCUCUCAUACCGUCCUCUUCCACAUGUCUCCACCGUCGCUCCACCGCCGCCACCAUUACUUCCAUCCCUAAAUCGAAGUCAUUCGUAGUCCUUUCCCAAUCCCCUUGCUUCUCCCGUGGCCGCCCCUCUCGGAGCUCUAUCUCGGCCGUCUACGAGUUGGAUAGCUCCCCGGCGGCAGUCUCCAACGGGCGGGGACCAGCGGUGGCGGUGGAUACGUCGUCUGCCGUCAUCGAGAUAGACGCCGUGAGCGAGGCGGAGCUGAAGGAGAAUGGGUUCCGGUGCACUCGUCGGACUAAGCUCGUCUGCACCGUUGGGCCUGCGACGAACGGGUUUUCACAGAUAGAGGCGCUGGCCAUGGGUGGGAUGAACGUCGCACGCAUUAAUAUGUGCCACGGCACCCGGGAGUGGCACAGAGAUGUGAUUCGGAAGGUGAGGAAGCUCAACGACGAGAAAGGAUACGCAGUCGCCAUCAUGAUGGACACAGAGGGAAGUGAGAUCCACAUGGGCGAUCUCGGCGGUUCCUCGUCUGCUAAGGCGGAGGAUGGUGAAAUUUGGACUUUCAGUGUCCGAGCUUUUACAUUACCUCUUCCAGCACGCACCAUUAGUGUUAACUAUGAUGGCUUUGCUGAAGAUGUGAAGGUGGGAGAUGAGCUUCUUGUGGAUGGAGGAAUGGUGCGGUUUGAUGUGAUUGAGAAGAUUGGUCCAGAUGUGAUAUGUCGUUGCACAGAUCCUGGUCUGCUGCUACCUCGUGCUAAUCUGACAUUAAGGAGGGACGGUAGCCUUGUUCGUGAAAAGAAUGCAAUGCUUCCAACUAUUUCUUCCAAGGAUUGGCUUGAUAUUGAUUUUGGUAUUGCUGAGGGUGUAGACUUCAUUGCGAUCUCGUUUGUCAAGUCAGCUGAAGUAAUACAUCAUCUGAAGAGCUAUAUUUCUGCUCGAACUCGUGGCAGUGAUAUUGCAGUAAUUGCAAAAAUUGAAAGUAUUGACUCAUUGAACAAUCUCAAAGAGAUCAUUCGUGCAUCUGACGGGGCCAUGGUUGCUAGAGGUGAUCUUGGUGCGCAAAUUCCAUUGGAAGAAGUGCCUUCAGCACAACAGGAGAUAGUAAGAUUAUGUAGGCAGCUCAACAGGCCUGUGAUUGUUGCAUCACAACUUCUUGAGUCCAUGAUUGAGUACCCUACACCCACAAGGGCUGAAGUUGCAGAUGUUUCUGAAGCAGUGAGACAGCGAGCAGAUUCUCAUGCUCUCAUGCUCUCAGGAGAGUCAGCUAUGGGCCAAUAUCCUGAGAAAGCUCUAGCUGUGUUGAAAAGUGUGAGUCUUCGAAUGGAGAGGUGGUGGAGAGAGGACAAACGCCAUGAAGCGUCAAAUCUUUCUGAUAUUUCAUCUUCCUUUAGUGAUCAGAUCUCAGAGACAAUCUGCAAUUCUGCUGCUAGAAUGGCAAACAGCCUGGAAGUGGAUGCCAUUUUUGUGUAUACAAGAACAGGUGGUAUGGCUUCUCUUUUGUCACGAUGCCGCCCUGAUUGCCCCAUUUUUGCCUUCACAACAACAACCUCUGUGCGUCGUCGACUAAAUCUGCAAUGGGGACUGAUACCCUUUAGGCUAAGUUUCUCUGAUGACAUGGAGAGCAAUCUCAACAGGACAUUCUCAUUAUUGAAAGCCAGGGGAAUGAUACAAUCAGGAGACCUAGUAAUUGCCGUCUCUGAUAUGUUGCAGUCUAUUCAGGUGAUCAAUGUACCUUAAUCAUGCUUGAUUCUUCUUCUUCUUUUUACCCCACAAUUAGAGAGAAACUUUAGUGAGUUGAAUUAUUUUUCUUCACAUCCUUUUGUACUUGGGUAAGGAAUAUGUUUAUCUCAUCUUUGAGUUCUGAGGAUGAUAUCCCAUGAUUCAUGCACAUUACAUCAUUUUUUCCAAGAUAUCACUUCUUUUGCCAGUACCUCAUUACUGUUAUAUAAAUGAGCUUCAUUGUGAUUGCUUUGAUUUGUCUCCA